AUGCUCAGCAUCGCCCAUACGCAUUGCAGGCGCCAAGCAAGACACCUCAAGGCUUCUCGAAUGCUCCCUCAGUCCUGGCAAGCAGCAUUUGGAGGCACGAAAGCUGCUGAACAAGCAGCUGCGCAUACGCAGCAUGCCUCGACCCAAGAUCCGUCCAACGAUGGACUGGCAGUGGAGCAGAAAGAAGCUAGGGAGGCGAGCGCCGAGUUACCUUCGCAGCAUGAUGCCCCGCACUCUCUCAGCAGUCGAACGGCUGAAAGUGGCGCCGCGGGGGCGGCGGGACAGUCGGCGUCAGUGAGUGCGCCCCGAGAAGCCGUCGAUCUUGACGAUACCCGACAGAGGGCAUCCUUUGAGCUCGCAGCCUAUCCAGCAUCACACGAUGGCAUCUCUCAAGCCACGCAAAAUCUGGUCCACACAACGCACGACGGGCCAAUCUAUCGAAGCAUUGAUCCUUCUCGUCCAUUGCGCUCCAAGGUGCAGACGGCCAAGCGACGAAGUUCGAGCCCCGUCUCGGCACGUCGGUCAUCUGAAAGUGUGGCGAGAGAUCGUGAGGGGCCGUUGGAGGAUAGGAGUGCAGAAGAUCCUUCCGGGACCAACGAGUUGCGUCAAGCCUUGGCAGAGGCCAAGAUGGACCCCUUGCCUUCUGUCAUUCCUGCUCCUGCGCGAGCGCACAUUGCUCCCGACAAGAGUCCGCAAAGCCGAGCGCAAAUCACUUUACAGGCAAGCGGUCGCGUGGUGGCAGCUCAAGCCGAGCGGCCAGGACCAGCAGGGAACGGCCGGACUAGCAUGCCUCACGUUCCGCCGAGCUGGCUCGGUGCCUUAGGCUUCGCGGCCUCCAGCAGAGCGGACGGCUCAAGCGAGAGGACACAUAGACGGCAAACCUCAAAAGCAUCUGCAGGGUCCAUGGAAGGUGACGAUAGAGUCGAAGAGCCAGCGUCCCCCGCCGCGAAAGCAGGAGCAUCAGCUCCAUCCCUACUUCGUUCCCUCUCUUCUCACAGCAGUCGAGGCUACGCUGCUCCAACUUUGGGACUGAACAGGCAUGGCCUCAUUACCACCAGCAUUGGCUCUCCUGGUACUUCCGCGAGCGCUGGAGGGCCGUCUAACGCUCCACCCGAGUUACCAGCUGCCGCUCACACGGCCAUAUCUGCAAGGCAAUUUGGAAGCUUGGCCCGCAGUGGCUCACCAGUUCACGAUGAAUCACAGCGGAGAGGUCCAUGGAGCGGAGAGGCAGCAGUCAGGCGAUUCUCAACAAACGCAAAUCAAACAUACCUGGACGACGUGGAAGACGUGCCCUCUUUUUGGGACUUUGAGUUGAGCAAUGAUGCUGAGCACACGGCCGGUGAAAAGCCCCAGCAGCCAUCGACAACGCAUGGCAAGGAGGAGACAGGAUUUGUUGGCGCCAUGUCGAGGUUACGAACCGCUAUGGGCCUGCAACCCCCGGGCACCAAUGAUUGGUGGACCUCACAUCGAGUCACCCUGGAAAACGCCCUGGCGAAGGCUUCGGAAGCAGCUCAAUCCACAUCCUCCGGCAUGAUGACGGCGGCAAAGAAAGGAGAGGAAGAGACUGCAAAGACCGGCAAAGCCGCACGGGACACGUACGACUCUGAUGCGGUAGAGAUCACGCCGCUGCGAGAGCAAAAGACUUGGGAGAUACCCAAACACCCCAUCGUGCUAGCACAUGGCUUGUUCGGUUUCUCUUCGUUGGCUUUGGGACCCGUCACCAUCAACUACUGGCGGGGCAUUUCGGAAAUGUUGCAGAAGAGAGGCACCGAAUUCAUCGUGGCUCGUGUACCAGCAAGCGCGACGAUUGAAGAGAGGGCAGAAGCCUUGAGGGAUAUCAUAGAGAAGGAAUUUCCCAAUCGCGACAUUUCACUAAUCGGACAUAGCAUGGGAGGACUGGAUUGUCGAUACUUGAUUUCGAGGCUGGAGAACAAGUCGUUUCGAGUAAGAUCUCUGACUACCAUUGCUACGCCACAUCGAGGCUCUAGCUUUGCAGACUUCAUGAUACAGCAAGUGAUUGGCGAAGAGAAUAUGCCGCGAGCACUCGCCCUCGUCAAGGCUCUUUCCAUUCCCGGAGGUGGAGGAGCUUUCAAACAGCUGCAGUUAGGUCCCAUGCAGAAAUUCAACGAAGCGGUGAGCGGGCUAUGUGAUUCGGCGAAGCGUCCCAGCUACACAUGCUCACGUCCUUCAUUGCGAGACGGCUCACAGACACCCAACGUGGACGGCGUCAAAUGUAAGCUCCUUCGAUGGCAAUGACCGAGCGUCGUGAUCUCUCACUUUACUGCAAUGUUUUUUCUCGACCGUCUGCUAGAUUUCUCUUACGGAGCAGCCUUCCAGCCUGGCAUGUUUAGCGAAUGGCGCGUGCCCUUUGGCAUAAUCUACGAGCAAGAGGGGGCCAAUGAUGGCCUGGUCAGCGUCAAGAGCUCCAAGUGGGGCGAAUACGCAGGCACGCUCGGGGCCAACCAUUUGGAACUCAUUGGUGAGCUCGUCCGGAUUGCUCACACCUGGCUAGUUCAAUGGCGCUGAAACCCUGCUCUGUUAUGCUAUCCAGGCUGGGUCAACGCCGUCAAGUCGCAGUGGCAGCGCAUGACUGGUGGAGAAGAACCUUUCGACCCAAACAGGUCAGUCUCGCAGCAGAUCCUCAUUUCGCGCUAUGACCUGCUCGUCCUGCUGGGUGCAGCAUCGCUAGUCUGAGCCAACGGAUUCUGAAGCUCUGUUCUGCUUUCCUUCAACUCAUAUAGGCUCUAUUUACAGAUCUGCGACGACCUCGCUCGGGAAGGCUUCUGAUCCAUAUGGGGCGUAUGUGGCCACCGCCGCUCAUCCAACGAAGUAGGUGUUACACAAAGGCAGGCCGGAAACUCACUAGAGCUGAAGCAGAGCAUCCAGCCAGAUUGAUAUCUCGACGCCGGAGCAGUCCAACAUCCUUCGUCACAUUCGGCCAGUCGUGGGAUGAACGCCCUCCUGUGCGCGCUCUGCUACCCAGCGUUUGUCGAGUGAGUCAAGCCAGAUGUCUUCCCAUGUAUACGUUGCAUCUGACGCAGACGCAGACGCUGCACCGCCAGAGCUGGCUUUGUCUGCCUGCCUGA